CGAUGCAACUUUGCAAAAAAAUAAAAGACGAGGCGAUGGGCCCAAUACCUUGGCGGAGCCCGAGGAACGAGAUAAAGUUGUGCGGUUGACACCGUUUGCGGUUGUGCCAGUGUCAGUUGGGUGGGGGGCUUUCUUCUGCGCCUGGGAAGUGGGAGGAGGAGAAGAAGUUGGAAGAGGAGGAGGAAGAAGAGGAGGAGAAGACGGUCACAGAGGUUCACUUGUCGGUGUAACGGGAGUUGUUUAGGUGACACAGUAGCAGGAACAGAAACGGCGACGGUGGCGGCGGGGCAGGCGGAGGCAGGGCCAGCGCUGGGCUCUAGAUGAUGCUGAGGUCUCCUCUGCCGGCGGCUGUAGCUUUUCACACAGCCUCUCAUGUUUCGUUCCCUCUUUUCUUCUUCUUUUUAACUAGCGCGCGGGGAGGUGCUGCCACCGCGCGCCCCUUGACGUCACCGCUUCUCGCGCGCCCCCGCCCGGGCAGGGGGAGGGGCGGGGGCGGCCCCGGCGCGAGCGCGUCCCUGGGCCCCGCGGGCCUCGGGAGUGCGGCGGGGAGGGGCCACGGGCCGCGGUGGCGGGCAGAGGGGGAGGGCCCGGCGGAGCCCUCGGAGCCAGCCUCGAGGGCGCGGAACCCAGCGCGCCCGCCUGGCCGUACCGCCCGGGUGGGGGCGUGCACCGCCUUGGUGCCCCGGCCCGCCCGCCCGGGACUGGGGCGCCGCCCGGAGGUUCCCCGCCCGUCCUCUCUCCUCCCGCGGCCCCUCCGCACGACCCCAGGCGUGAGGCGGCCGAGCUGAGGCUCCAAAAGAAAAGGGAAAUUGCAAAGCCCAUCUAGAGCCAGAGUGACAGCAUAUUUUUUUAUGAAUCAAGAAUCAACAUCGGGCUAUUUCCUAAGAUUAGACCAUGAAAGCCCACUUGGAGGCUGCACAGCUAUCUGCACACUUGAACCUGAAAAAUGGUCUUUUGCCAUCAGGGAGCUGAAUCAUCAGAAGUGGUGAGAAGAAGAGACCCCACCCCCACCCCACCCGACCAAACUCAUCCAGACAGAUUAGGCAAGGAAUGGAGCUGUACGAGGGUGGCAGAUCACCAUCUUCUGCUUAGACACCACAGAGCGGUCCAUCUAGGACUGCCACCUACAUGCUGAUUGUACCCUGUGCAAGGCAUCCGGCUGAGGCAGCAAAUGGGAGCUGAAAUCCUGCUCGUGCUCCACUCGCCAAGUCAUGUCUGCCCAGAUGAUGUGUGGCUCUUUUUUCUAAUUUGUACCAAAGCACCCUGUACGGGCAGGUGGCAAGUCUGACCAUCCCACUCCUAUUUCCCAGUCCUACCCAGGAUUAUAUUCCUUACCUUGUGUGACCUCAUGAACAAGUUAGGUUUUUAGUCAAAAGAGGAAAUUUUUGACCCAAAUUGAAAUUAAUUUCAUAGUUAAAUUUCAAAAUAUUGCCAUAGAUAGGAGUUACGUGUGUAUGCAAUUACACAUGCAUGUUUAUACAGUUAUGUGGGCACACAUGUCUAUGUAUCAGAACUUGGCACAACUUAAAUUUGGUAAAUGUUUAAAAUAAAGCUUUUGGGUAUGAGAAUCAG